ACAACUCGCUCGCUGCAUGCUAGCUAACGUAACGCGAACGCUGUAGAGUUGCAUUGGUGGUUCGGCUCGACACAGAAUUGAAUAGGGGUACUCGCACCAGUCUCGCCCGAAUAUACAAGGGUAGCUUAUGCGAUUGGUUCCUGUGGCAGGUGGAUUAAUGUGCUGAUAGUGGAAGUUCCUUGGAACUUUACAGAGUCAUCAUGAAGUUUCUCCUAGUUCUUGGUAUGGUGGCACUCUGUCGUGCCAACCAGAAUUCUAUACCUUGCUAUGACGAUCUAUCCAGACCUCAAAGAUGCGUUCCCGAGUUCGAAAAUGCAGCUUUCAACUUGAGCGUAGAGGCGACGAAUACCUGCGGAGAAUACCGCGACACCCGGUACUGUAGGCAGACAGGCGUGCAGGGGGGAGCCCGGGGCCGUGGGCAGUGCUAUAACUGCCAGAGCGGCUCGCAUCCCGCUCGAUACCUUACGGAUUUUCACAGUGAAGAAAGGAUGACGAGAUGGCAGAGUGAAACGAUGUAUGAAGAUAUUCAGUAUCCAAACUCAGUCAAUCUCACCAUACAUUUAGGUAAAUCCUUUGAGAUCACAUACAUUCGGCUGAAAUUUUACUCGCCGCGGCCGGAGAGUUUUGCCAUCUACAAGCGUACGUGUCAGGACUGUCCUUGGAUACCCUACCAGUAUUACAGCGGCUCAUGUAGAGGAACCUACAACCUCCCAGAUAGCGAAUACGUCAGCUACGAUGAUGAAACAUUGGCGCUCUGCACCAGCGAAUUCAGCGACAUCUCGCCACUCACGGGAGGAAAUAUUGCUUUCAGUACGCUGGAAAAUAGACCGAGUGCAAGGAGUUUUGAUAAUAGUGCCGUUUUACAGGAUUGGGUGACAGCUACAGAUAUUCUGGUUAUGCUGACGAGAUUAAACACUUUUGGAGAUGAAGUUUUCAGGGUACCAAACGUUCUACGAUCAUACUUCUUUGCCAUCACAGAUUUCUCUAUUGGUGGAAGGUGUAAAUGCAACGGUCACGCCAGCCACUGCGUGGAAGCACCCAACGAUCCUUACAACCGUCUUGUAUGUCAGUGCGAACACAACACAGCAGGGCCAGACUGUGGCGAAUGUCUCCCUCUGUACAAUGACAGGAAGUGGACGAGAGCCACUGCUGGGAACGCAAAUGAAUGCAUGAGAUGUAACUGCAACUUCCACGCUGACCGUUGUUUCUUCGAUGAAGAGCUUUACAACCGAACAGGAUCCGGUGGUCACUGCAUGGAGUGCCGCGAUGAAACUUCUGGCGUCAGCUGUGAGCGUUGUCGCGACAACUACUUCAGGACUUCUCCAGAUGCCCGAUGCCAGCCUUGUAACUGUGACCAAACAGGAUCAUUGAACCAGCAGUGUGAUAGCUCAGGACGAUGCCAGUGUAAGGUGGGAGUAGGAGGAGAUAAAUGUAACCAGUGUCUUCCUAACUUCUAUGACUUUGGUGAAGGUGGAUGCAGGAGCUGCGAGUGUGUGCGUGCAGGAAGUGUAGACAACAACCCAGACUGUAACCAGGGUACAGGUCUCUGCAACUGUAAACUUCAUGUUGAAGGAAGGGACUGCGAGACCUGCAAGCCUGGUUUCUUCAACCUUCAAGAGGCGGAUGAGUUUGGAUGCCUUCCCUGCUUCUGUCAUGGUCAUUCAUCCUCUUGCUCCUCUGCUCCUGGCUAUGACAUUGCCUACAUCGAGUCCAACUUCAAUUCAGGUGUGGAUGGUUGGAAAGCCGAGAGUCGAAAUGGAGACCAGGAAUUGCUUGUUUAUAAUGCCAUCAGGCAGGACAUCGGUAUCGCAACAGUUGACAACCAACCCAUGUACUUUAUAGCCCCAGAUGAGUACCUUGGUAGCAAGUUGUUCAGCUAUGGUCAGGAGCUGAGCUUCAAGCUGAGACUGGGCAGUGAUGAUGUGAGUCUCAGCGUGGAGGAUCUCGUCUUGGAGGGAGGUGGCAGGCAGAUCUCUGCUCCGCUAGUUGCCCAGGGCAACCCGCGACCAGGUGUCUACCCGCAAAAAUUUACCUUCAAACUGCGAGCUGAGGAUGACAUGGGAUGGGUUCAACGACCUUCAGCCUUUGAGUUCCAGAGCCUCCUUUCCAACCUGACUGCCAUCAAGAUCAGAGCAACCUACAGUGAUAGAGGUCAAGGGCUGCUUGAUGACGUCCGUCUGGUCAGUGGCCGGCGGUCAGUCGGACCACAAAGCACCAGGGCUACAUUCGUGGAGCUGUGCAGCUGCCCAACCGGCUAUGUCGGUCAAUUCUGUGAGUCCUGCGCUGCUGGCUACCGCAGGGACCCCUACGGCAACGGACCUUUCACACGUUGCAUCCCCUGCGAAUGCAAUGGACAUGCCGACUACUGUGAUGUCGAUACUGGUGAAUGUAUCUGUAACCACAACACCAUGGGUACAAGCUGUGAACUAUGCCAGGAUGGUUUCUAUGGUAACGCCCUUGAGGGCACGGCCUAUGACUGCACGCGCUGCCCCUGCCCCGGUGGAACCAACUGCUUUGUCGAUAACCUAGGUGAUGUGGUCUGUACCGAGUGCCCAUCAGGCUAUGUUGGAAACCGCUGUGAUUACUGUGCUGAUGGUUAUUACGGUGACCCCACUGGCAUCCAGGGUCAGCGAACGGCCUGCGGACAGUGCUACUGUAACUACAACAUUGACCCCAAUUCUGUCGGCAACUGUGAUAGGUUCACUGGAGAAUGUCUCAAGUGUGUCUUUGACACAGGAGGAUUCUAUUGUGAGAACUGUUUACCUGGUUUCUAUGGCAACGCACUUGGUAGUCCCAAGGGAGAGCAGUGUCAGGCCUGCAACUGCUACGUGAGUGGCUCGACUAGUAACGAAUGUGACCAAUCCAAUGGCCAGUGUAGCUGCAUGCCUUUCGUGACCGGCCGUGACUGCAGCGAAUGCGAAGCCGGCUACUGGAACAUCGACAGUGGACGUGGCUGCGAGCCUUGCUACUGUGAAAGCACCGGGUCAACGUCUGACCAGUGCGACAUCCGCAGCGGUCAGUGUCCUUGCAAGCCAGGAGUGGAUGGUCUAAGGUGUGACCAGUGCCAGUAUGACCAUUAUGACUACUCUGUAGAAGGAUGUACUCCAUGUGAAUGCAAUCCCCAAGGAUCCCUGUACGCUAAUUGCACAGACGACGGUGUGUGCGACUGCCAGCCAGGAGUCAUCGGUGACAAGUGUGAUUCCUGUGAGGAGAACUUCUACAACAUUGCCCUGGGCUGCAUACCCUGCCCCGAGUGCUACAAUCUGGUAAGGGAUAACGUGAACGUGCAUCGCGACAACCUGGAUGCCCUGAGGGACAAGAUCAACCAGAUCUCCAGCAACCCCACCGUCAUCAACGAUACAGACUUUGAGAUGCGACUGAGGGAGCUCGAAGGACUCCUAAAUCAGACCAUUGACGACGCUCAGAGAGUGACAGCUGAGGACCGUACCUUAGCCGAUAAUCUGAACGCCAUUAAGGAUGAUCUAGGAGACCUCAGACUAGCCUUAGCUCGUAUCAGGGCGAAGAUCGACCAGGCAGAUGGAGUUACAGAGGCUGCCAAACAAGAUGUUGCCGAAGCGAUGGCUAUCAUCAAUCGUCUCAAGCGUAUGUUGCCUUCUGCACAGGAAUACCUUGACAAUGAGGGUUGGGCGCUGUUGGAGAAGCUGAGGGGACUCACAGCUAACAUGUCUGCUCAAGAUAGGCUGAUGCAAGAAAUAGCCCGAGAGGCCAAGCAGCUAGCUGAUAAUCACACUGAGAUGGCAUUGAUGGUGGAGGAGACCUCAGCGAGAGCUCUGGAGAUUGCCUACCUGGCCUUGGAUGCUGCACGUGACAGUGGAGAUGGUGGGGACCUGGAGGCAAUGGUAGAAGGAGUGGAGCGCAAAUAUGUCGACGCCCAAGAACUGUUCAACCAGGCUUCGCAAGCCGCUGACGAAUGCUUUGAGAGGGCGCAACGGGCUGCAGAAGAGGCACUCCGCCUUCUCACCAAGGCCAACAUGCCCCUCUCGCCGAUUGAUGUCAAUUCUCUUCUUGAUGCAGCCAAUGAUAUAAGCUUCAGAGCAAGGCAGCUGAUGGAUGAAGCCAACGCUCUGAGGAGAGAGAACGCUGAUCUCCUAGCCCAGGUGGCGGAGGACGCCAGGACAGCCGCUGAUCUGCUGGACCAAGCCGUCGCAGCGGAGAACUUGAUUGAUCUGUUGCUGGCCAAGGCCGAUAAUGCUCGUUCCAUUGCCUUGGAAGCCAAGAGGAAAGGAGAUGAGACACUUCAAGAAGCCAAAGACAUCCUCAGGGUAUUACAAGGAUUCAACGAGGAGAUUGAAGAGAGCAAGCAGGCAGCUGACGAUGCCAAGCUCAGAAUCCCUGACAUCGAGGCUAUGAUCAACCAGGCCAACAUCACAGCCCACAAUGCAUCAGAUGCCAUCGCAGCUGCAGAGGGCGAUGCCAUGAAGGCACGAGACUACGCCAGGAUGGCAGAAGGAAACGCAACUUUAGCUUCAGAGGCUGCCAGGGGGGUCAGGACAGACGCCGAGGCCACCAUGCUUGAGGCACAGGAACAGAACGACCGCGCUGACGACCUCGCUGCUGAUGCAAUGGAAACCAUGAUGAGACUCAAUGCCAUCGAGGGCCAGGCAGAAGACGAUGGGGAUAUGGCAGAUCGGGCUCAGGAGAAGGCGAACGCUGCCAAACAGGUGACGGGUGCUGCCUUACAGGCUGCCGAGGAAGCUCUAGCUCAACUCCAGAUGAUAAAAGGAGAGCUAGAUAGUGCUGGUUCUAUCGACCUUGAGAGACUACAGGACCUGGAGGAUGAACUCCUCAACGUCAACGCCACCAUAACCUAUGACCUCAGGCUAGACGAUACCAUGGAUGAACUACGGGCCUACGCCAUGCAGCAAGCAGGCUGGAUCUCAGCGUAUCAAUUUGACCUCAGUGAAAUACGAGCAGAGGUGGCCAAUGUGGAAGAAAUCAGGGAUGCCUUGCCUGAGUUCUGCCCCAACGAAAGCAUCCUAGAACCUUAAGAACACCUUGUAUGCUUCUCUCAAUCUUAGAAAUGUCUCAUGUACAGGAUGCUUGUCCAGGGUGAUUGUACGGUUGACUCUGCUUAAUUAGGACAGUUAUGGGAAGUGAUAUACAUUGUCAUUGGAAUAGCACAUGCCCCCCCAAACACUACGGUCUGUAUUCUACUACUUCAGUGAAACAGUUGUCCCAUUUAACAGAUGUUCCCAUUUAAGACAGUCCAAAUUCAGCAGUGUCAACUGUAUUGUUUUUUUUUAAAUAAAAUAUUAAAUUUAAAGUAAGUGGGCAUUGGUUAAGUUGAAGUCAGACUAUGACUUAAGGUCAAGAGGUCAUCGCUGCCUUCAUUAUCAACUCUCUAGUCUUAGCAAGCCAGACCUGGAGCUUAAGCUUUAAAGAUAAUUACAAAUAAUUAGGCUUCCAACUUCACUUUACAUCAUGGAUUUUACAGCCCGUUCUGUGGGUUCACUCAAUAUUAUGUUGAAUAGUAAUCAUUAUUUGAUCUAGACCGUCUUAAAACAUUAAUUCCAUCAGUAAUUUAUGUCUAGGGAAGCAAUAGCAAAUGUGUCAGCAAGUCUUAAAGGGAACAGUUAAAUACAUGUGUAUAUUUUGUCAUGCAUUUUUUUAAAGCCUUCCAUUAUUUAUGACCUAUGUUUCCACAUGUUUGCUCCCCCUCCUCAAUUUGGCAACAUGCUUACAAUGCUGCACCAUGCAAACAAUAUGCAUUAACAUCUAAGCUCAUGUUUUGUAUAUAUACUUGCAACUCUUUCUAAAAACAAAUUAAAAAAAACUUUUUAAACAAUACAAGUUUAUGUGUUUUAAGUUAUGUUUACCAAUUGCUGUGUCUGUUUUCUAUUUCUUUUUAUUAUUCUGUUGGAGAUUUGUUAGCAUCUAUUCUGUACAUAUUUAGCUGUUCAUUUAUUAUUGGUAUUGAGUACGAUAGAUGAGUUAGCAGUGCAUUUGAAAAGACCUCUCAAGCAUAUUUGCAUAAUUGUUAGAUAGAUACUCCACAUGUUGAAUGGUGUAUGAUCUCUGUUUCAGGCAUGGUAGAGGGCAUAAAGACAUUGUUUUGCCUGUAAGAAAUGAUCAGGCACCACUCAAAAUAUCUUGUAUCUAUAUCAAAUGCUUAAGUCUUCAAUAUAUAUAGACUCUGCUCAUGGUAUUAAUCAUAAUUUCUAAAUUCUAACAUUGCUCAAGACAUUGCAAUAGACAUCAGUUUAGUAAUGGCUUACAGAAUAAUCAUUUGCUCUUUAUUACCCUUCAUUUGCUACCAUUCUCUAUGAGUCAAUCUUACAGUUAAAAUGCCUACUUACACUGCCCAGUACAGAACCAGGUACACUGCCUUGCAUUAUUUGUUAGUCUUGUAGAUUUAGAAAAUCUUCCUUAAUUAUGUGUUCUAAUAAUUCUCUGUCCAAAAUUGGCAUUCAUAGAUGCACGUUUCGUCAUUGAUCACUUAAGAAAAAUACCAGUGAAUAUAAACAUUUUCACUGGCCACACUGAAACUGGUUUUCUUUUAAUGAAUUCCAAACUUGGUUGUCAGGGAUUGAAAUACGGUCAAAACAACUAUUUAAAUAUUAUCUGUAUAUAUAUAUUUUUGGAUCGAGAGCUCUGAUUGGUUUGGAUUGCUAGUACUGCUGCUUGUGAGAGGUAUAAACCUUGAUUGCAGUUGUAGAGCAGUGUUAGAACCCCCUAUAUUGUAGCUUUACUGUUGGAACUUUUAGAUAGACUAUUAUGUCCCUGUCACAACCUUUUGUCAUCGUUUGAAAGGUUUAUUCUGGAUGAGAGUACUCACUUAGUGUCACAUUUUGCUAUGAAUCAUGAAUUCUUCUUCAUGAUUAUUUCUCUGUUUUUACAAUGGUAUAUAUGUACAUACGUAGAUAUUGGGAGAUAAUGCUAUAUGUUUCAUUGAAUAGCCUUAAAACAUGUGUUUUGAUCUCGACAUUGAUUAUUAAACUCCACUUUGUGUUGUAUUAGGUAGAUAGCAUUAGCACAUAUGCUUUUCUAGAAAUAAAAGAUAAGCUUUUCUAUUUAAAGUAUGAUAAAUCAUGUAUUUAUUCUUGUAUGUAAUUGCAUAUUUGUAAGAGGAUUUUUAACAAGGAUUCUGUGUACGUAUAUAGCCUACAUAUUAAUAUCUUGAACUGUCUUUUGUAAACCAGUUAUGCAUUGCAAAAAAAACAUGGUGCUAUUUUCACAAGUUUUUAAGGAGGUUGACACAAAAUAUGCAGUAUAUAUUUGACAAGUGUACUUCAGAAAAUAUCAGUAUUCUUGUCUUUCUAGGUGUGAGAUGUGAACUAUUUUAUGCUUCAAAAUUUUUGUUAAAAAUCAUUAGAAGAGAAAUGAGGGAUGUACCCAUUGCUGAAACUUUCCUGCAUGAAAAACGUGCAUGUGGUGCGCAGCCCCUCUUGCGCCCUAAGAUCUGGGUCCAUUCAAAGCAUUGCAGAAUGACAUUUCAAAAACAUUUUUACAUUUUGAAUGAAGAAUAAAAUGGACAUUUUAAUAAAAAUCUACAAAUGAAUGAUAUAAUAUAUGAAGUACUUUCAAAACAUAAUGUUGCCUAUCAAUCAUUGAUUAUAUUGAUGAAAUACUGAAUUUGAUUGAUAUGGGUUCGUUACAGAAUGACAUAGAAUGUGAUUUUUGGGUCUUCCGUAACAAAGCUAUUUAAAACUCAAUAUUUUAUGAAUCUGAUUAAUGGUUGACAGGAAACUCAACUGCUGUGAAAGUACCUCAUAUUAGUUUAUAUAUUAUAUCAUAAAUUUAGAGAUUUUUGUAUUGAAAUAUCCCUGAUAUUCCACUUUCAAAAUUGUAAAUUCUCUUUAAAUGCCAUCCUGUAAUGCUUGGGAUUGACUUGGGCAGAGUGUCAACACAGUCCCUGACUGAGUAGAGAGCAAUGGGGAGUUCCCCUUUCACCCUGUAAUGAACAGUCAUUGUGAUCAUUCUCUUCCAAAGUUUAUCAUGCCUUGGAACUAUAUGCAAGACAUUAUUUGUUUUGGAAUAGAUAUCUAUUUAUAUUUUUGAUCUAACACAAGAGAAAUUGUAAGGACACACUCCUAGGGAGCUGAAUAGUGUAAUGAUCACUUUUUUUAAAACAUGUUGAAUUUGGAAUACUGUCUUCGUAUAAUAAACAAGCCCAAGAAAAAAAAGGUUUAAUUAG